UGAAAUGAGAGCAUGACCAGCAAACGCAGCCACGAGCACCACCCCUGUGAUUGUUCAGUUCUUUAUCUUUUCUCGGCACAUAAUCUCUGACAUGAUCGAAAGUCUGCUUCCUGAUGUUAAUGUCGAUAUAACCUGUUGACAAGCCGCGUGCUCGGGUCAUUUGAUGUCUCUUCGCGUCCGAAUCAGCGAUGAGGUUUGUUUGUAGAUGCCUGAAAAUAUGGCAGUCAUCAUCAGCAGACAUUGAUGAAUAUUGGUGUUGCUCAGCUUUGUAAAUGCAUUCUUGAACAUUUGCAAUCAUCAGAGCUUUUGUUUAUUGUGAUAGACAGUUUUUGCUAGGUCAUGUACUUUGAUCGUUGUGCCCUGGAUAUGCGACCUCUGUAACAUGCAUAUUCACGAUGUUGGCUUUGUUUUCACGUGACAACCAGGAUGUCCACUCCUAUCCGUGAUGUUUAUAGAAAGGUAAAUUGUAGCCAAUGCACAAUGAGAAAUUUCUCAUACAUAAAGAACAAACAUCACCACUGUUGAAGACAAAAACAAAUAAGCAAUUCAUAGAGCAAAUAUGCAGACACAAUGCAUCAUUUCUUUUCUUUCUUUCUUUAUCACAAUGAACAGUGUUGGCUAGAUUACUUCUGAAAUGUGAUUUGGUAAUGACAUCUGGUACUGAUUACAAAUGAACAACUAAAAUUGGAAUAUGUAAUGUAAUCUUUUAGAUUACAGUUUUUAGGUAUUGUAAUCUGGAUGACAUAUGGAGUACUUUUGUAUUACUUCUCUCAUGUUUUAAUAAAAAAAUAAAAUAAAAAUAAUUUUAAACUUUACUUAAAGGUUCACCCAAAAAUGAAAAUUCUCAUAAUUUACUCACACUCAUGCCAUUCCAGAUGUGUAUGACUUACUUUCUUCAGCAUCAAAAUUUUGGCACCCAUUCACUUGCAUUGUAUGGACCAAAAGAGCUGAGAAAUUCUUCUAAAAAUCUUCAUUUGUGUUCUGCAGAAAAAGAAAGUCAUUCACAUCUGGGAUGGCAUGAGGGUGAGUAAAUGAUGAGAGAAUUUUCAUUUUUGGGUGAACUAACCAUUAAGCACCAAUUUACACUUUCCAUUAAAUUAAUAGUUAACCCAAAAAUUAAAAUUAUUUCAUAAUUUACUCGCCCUUAAACUGUUUAAAACUCGAAUGUGUUUUUUAAUUUUUGAUGGAGAUGGAUUUGAUGUUUAUAUCUUUACAAUGCAAGUCAAUGGGUUCCAACACUUUCAAGCUCCAAAAAACAUAAAGGCAGCAUAAAGUUAAUUAAUUAAUCUUAAGUGGUUUAAUCCUCUGCAGCGAUACUAUAAAUCUUGACAUGUGCAGUCUCCUUAGCGAUCAUGAUUUAAAGCUCGAUUGCACAUCCUCACUUUUGACGCGUGCGUAGAGCGCAUUUGUUUUGACUCAUCAAUUCGGACAUGUGCUGCAUACAUAGUCUCACAGUGAUGGUUAUUUUAACAGUUGCUAGCAAUGCGAAAUUUGUCCCUGUGUAGACUUAGGAUGUAUUGUUUACCUACAUCUUUUGUAGUGUUAAGUGUCAGGUACGCCAUGCUUUUCCUGUCGGCCAUGCUAAUGGCGUCCAGUUUAUUUUACUGUCCUACAGACAGCAGUUGAGGAUCAUCUUUUAGCACAAAGCCUGCUUUGUUUGAAAGUAGAACAUGCCUGUAAAAAUGAAUGCAAAUGGAGUUGUUCCUUUAAUGGACGCUCAGUAUGUCUGAUGAUUGAGCUGCAGUGUGGGGGGAAGCUUGUGGAUUGACAUUUUUCCCUCCCUUUGUGUGCCUGCCAAUUGCUGCUCUUAAUUCUUCUGUGUGUUUUGCAUUCUCAGACAUCCCACCUGAAAAUGUGAGCCACUCAACCACAAUCAGUUCCACAAGCCCCAAAAGCAUUUGUUCUGUUCUGUUUAGAGUCAUGAAAUGUGUUUUGUUUCUGAUGUAACUCCACAGCCAGUUGUUUUGAAUGUGGUAAGAUGUGAAGUGAUGUGGAAAAGAACAACAGCCCAGACAUAAUGACCUAAAAAAACAGGUCAAACACCAAGUUCUGACUCGCACGGCAUUCCCCAGAUUGACCAGUGCACCUGCUGCCACUAUUUCCUCUCUCACAGCCUUCUCAAGUGAAUUUAUUAGAGCAUAACAUUAUUUAUGCCAGUUUAUUUAUUUAUUUAUUUUUUGCUGAUGAAACAUUGUGUACCCCUUAGGUUAAGCAAUAAAGCGAUAGCAGUUGCUUUUUUUUGCUAGUUGAGAGACAAAAAGUUCAACUAAUGCAAAUAGUUAAGAAAAAGUGAAAAGUGUAAGAUCAGAUAAGGAUCCCUGAGCAGGAUCAUUAUUUGCACAAUUUGGACAUAUGCAAAGUAGUGUGUGUUGUAAAGCAUUUUUUAUGCUAUGUUAGGGAUUUCCAAGUGAGGUUGUGUUAUAUGAGCUGUAUAAAAGCUUGUCUCUUAUUCCACAGGAGCUUGCGAGUUAUAUUGAGUCAGCCUUUGCAGAUGAAGGACUUGCAGUAUGCGGCUGGUCCGCGCUCACACUGGCUGAGCACUGAAUAGUGAAUGUGGGCCGCCCUGCGGCUCGUCCUACAGCUCCCGCCAUGGGCAAUACAGCCACCAAGUUCCGCAAAGCACUUAUCAGUGGAGACGAAGGCCUGGCUUGGCAGCUCUAUGAGAGUAACCCUCAAUUUAAAGAAUCCCUGGACCCCAAUGCUUCUUAUGGGGAGCCCUAUCAACACAACACAGCCCUGCACUUCGCCUCAUGCCAUGCCAUGACACGCCUCAUCAGGUCUUUCCUUUUCUCCAAAGACGGCAACCCCAACAAGUGCAAUAUUCACAAUGAGACGGCACUGCACCUGCUGUGCAUGGGCCCACAGAUCCUGCUGGGCGAGGGGGCGCUGCAGCCGCGGAUCAGCCGCCCCCAGGAGGACGAACAGAAGCGGGCUGAGUGCCUCCAGAUGAUCCUGAUGUGGACCGGAGCCAAACUAGACCAGGGCGAGUAUGAGAGAGCCAACGUCAACGGCACUGACAACAAAAAGAGCACCUGCCUGCACUACGCAGCAGCUGCUGGCAUGAAGAACUGUGUUGAGUUGUUGGUGAAGAGUGAUGCAAAUUUGUUUGUGGAGAAUGAGGACAGGGAGACGCCGUGUGACUGUGCAGAGAAGCAGCAUCACAAGGAGUUGGCGCUCAGUCUGGAGUCUCAGAUGGUUUUCUCUCAGGAUGCUGGAGCUCAGGAGAUAGAAGCAGAGUAUGCUGCCCUUGACCGACGAGAGCCAUAUGAGGGACUGAAGUUGCAAGACUUGCGUCGGUUGAAAGACAUGUUGAUAGUGGAGACAGCAGAUAUGUUGCAGGCUCCUCUUUUCACGGCCGAGGCGUUGCUGCGAGCUCACGACUGGGACAGGGAAAAACUCCUGGAGGACUGGAUGUCUAAUGAAGAGGACUGCUGUCAGCGCUCAGGUGUUCAGAUGCCAACUCCCCCACCAAGUGGAUACAAUGCUUGGGACACACUGCCUUCACCUAGAACUCCCAGAACAACUCGCUCCUCCGUCACCUCCCCUGAUGAGAUCAGCCUUUCACCUGCUGAUGGCCUAGCCCUGUGUGGGAUUUGCAUGUGCCCCAUAUCUGUGUUUGAGGACCCCGUGGACAUGUCCUGUGGACACGAGUUCUGCCGGUCAUGCUGGGAAGGGUUUUUAAAUCUGAAGAUCCAAGAUGGGGAAGCACAUAACAUCAUCUGCCCUGCUUAUGACUGCUUCCAGCUGGUUCCCGUGGAAGUCAUUGAAAGUGUUGUCUCCAGAGAGAUGGAUAAGCGCUACCUGCAGUUUGACAUUAAGGCUUUUGUGGAUAAUAAUCCUGCCAUCCGCUGGUGUCCCAUAGCCAGAUGUGAAAGAGCCGUGCGACUUACUCGCCCAGGCCCUGGAGCCUCUGACCCUCUGAGCUUCCCCUUGCUCAAAGCCCCUGCUGUGGACUGUGGGAAGGGCCACCUCUUCUGCUGGGAGUGUCUUGGUGAUGCUCAUGAACCCUGUGACUGUGAGACAUGGAAGAUGUGGCUGCAAAAAGUGUCUGAAAUGAAUCCUGAAGAAUUGGCUGGUGUGAGUGUAGCCUAUGAAGAUGCUGCCAACUGUCUGUGGUUACUCACUAACUCUAAACCCUGUGCCAACUGCAAGUCCCCCAUCCAGAAAAAUGAAGGCUGUAAUCACAUGCAGUGUGCAAAGUGCAAGUAUGAUUUCUGCUGGAUUUGUCUAGAAGAAUGGAAAAAACACAGCUCCUCUACCGGAGGAUACUAUCGUUGCACGCGCUAUGAGGUCAUCCAGCAGGUGGAGGAACAGUCCAAGGAGAUGACUGUGGAGGCAGAAAAAAAGCACAAAAGUUUUCAGGAACUCGACCGUUUUAUGCAUUAUUACACUCGAUACAAGAACCACGAACACAGUUACCAGUUAGAAGAACGACUUUUGAAAACAGCCAAAGAGAAGAUGGAACAACUGAGCAAAGCUUACAUUGGAAGGGAAGGAGCCUCACCUGACACCACAUUCAUUGAGGAUGGUGUGCAUGAACUUCUCAAGACCCGACGCAUUCUUAAGUGCUCUUAUCCUUACAGUUUCUUCUUAGAGGCCAAAAGCACAAAGAAAGAAAUAUUUGAACUUAUGCAGACUGAUUUAGAGAUGGUCACUGAAGAUCUUGCUCAAAAGGUGAACAGGCCUUACCUCCGCACCCCUCGCCAUAAGAUCAUCAGUGCUACGUAUCUUGUUCAGCAGAAGAGACGGGAGUUCUUGGCCUCUGUGGCUCGAGGUGUUGCUCCAAAUGAUUCACCGGAAGCUCCACGCCGCAGUUUUGCCAGUGGGACUUGGGACUGGGAGUAUCUGGGAUUUGCAUCGCCUGAGAUGGUGAGGAAUCACCCAGUACGGGGAUCAAACACGCAGCUUGAGAGCAAUUUCAAUGCAGGAGGACAGCCACAGGAAUACUCAGAGUUUCAGUACAGACGGAGACACAGGCAACGGCGCAGAGGAGACCUGCUCAGACUGCACAGCCUCCGCAGUACCACCCCUGAACCCCAGGACUCCAAUGACAACACUUUAGAAACACAUGGAGGCAGUUCACAAAGACAUGGAAUCUCCACGGCACUUGGGUCUCUGGACGAAGACGACCCCAAUAUUCUGCUGGCCAUUCAGCUGUCCCUACAGGAGUCCGGGCUGGCCUUAGACCCAGAGUCUCAGGAUGUGCUCAGUACCGACGCCUCUGUAGGUGCCAGUGGCUCUUCUAUGCCCUCUAGACUGGAUUCUGCCCCCCAUACUGUGGAUUCCCCCCAGGCUUCCAUGAGCAGCUCAGAGCUCCUGGAACUGGGAGACAGCCUUAUGAGACUGGGCAAUAUUACCAGCCAUUACACACCCUUUAACAUGAACUCUUACCCUGAUGCCUUGGGUAAUGCCUUCACCCCUGGUGAUCCAGAAUGCCUGGACCCUUCCACCAACGCCAACCUGCUUGGCAACAUUAUGGCCUGGUUCCAUGAUAUGAACCCACAGAGCAUUGCACUGAUACCCUCAGCCACCUCGAAUGCCGGUCCUGAGCCACUCGUUUCUGGAGAGGGACACGAAGAACCUGCCAAACCCCAGGACGAGGAGAACGAGGUGGGAAGGCCAGAGCAGGAUUCCCCACCUCUGACGAAAGAGAGUGCGGGCAUAUUGACGGCACAACUUUUGGAACUAGAAUGUGUGGAUGAUGCACAACUGACUAAAGUAGAGCCAGACUUGGAGGAUUUGGGCAGAAGUGUAGAUCUCACUAGCACAGUUUGUCCAGAGAGCAGUAGUAAUCUUGAUGUCCAGGUAACUGACCUCUCAGAGUGGGAGGAAGAAAUGCACCUAGUGUGAGAAAUGAGUUCAGUUAAGUUCACCAAUUGAGUGCUCUUAUUGUGCCAAAACACUAAAUUAAAGCAAAACUGCACCUGUAUAAAUAACAAAUGUGGUGCAAUGGAAUUAGACAGGGCUUGUUGUAGUGGUGUGCAUCUGGUUGAAAAAUAAAGUGUGGUCGUAAGCUGAUUAAAGUUGGUUAGUGUGAGGAAGUAAAUGUUGCAAACUAUUAACCCAAGCAAGGUCACUUUGGUCAUCCGCAGAAAUCUUGCUUUGGGUGCCAUUUAGUGAAUCUGUAAUAGAUUGGAGAUUCAUUCUUCAUUUAAAGAAAGAGUCCACCCAAUAAUAAAAAUUCUGUUUUCUUUUACUGAAAAUGUCAUUCAAAACCCGUACGACUUUCUUCCCUGAAGAAUUUUUGAAGAAUGUUGACGCUGCUUUUAUUUAAUACAUUUAAAGUGAAAGGGGACAGUGGCUAUUCCAUCUCCUUUUGUGUUCCAUGAGAAGUCAUUCAUGGGGGUCUGGAACAACAUGAGGCUUAGUAAAUGAUGACAGAAUGUUCUUUUUUGGGUGAACUGUCCCAUUAAUGGAAUAUUCCAGGUUCAGUACAAGUUAAGCUCAAUCGACAGUAUUUGUGGCAUAAUGUUGAUUACCACAAAAUUAAUUUCGACUCGUUCCUACUUUCCUUUAAAAAAAAAAAGCAAAAAUUGAGGUUACAUUGAGGCAUUUACAAUGAAAGUGAAUGUGGCCAAUUUUUUGAUGGUUUAAAGGCAGAAAUGGGAAGCUUAUAAAUUUUUAAAAGCACUUACAUGAAUUCUACUGUUAAAACUCAUGUAUUAUUUGAGCUGUAAAGUUGUUUAAAUUGUCAUUUUUUUACAGUCGUUUUAGGAUUUGUUGACAUUACAUCGUCAUGGCAACGAAGUUAUAAAAUUGGCUAUAAUUUUACGCAGAAAAGGUUUGUAAGUGAUUUUAUCACACUAAAAUCAUGUUUACAAGCAUAUUGUUUAUGUCUUGUGGCUAUACUUUUGAAACAGUGAGUAUUUUAACGUUCAAAAAUUGGCCCCCAUUCACUUCCAUUUUAAGUUCCUCACUGGAACCCAGAUUUUUGCUGCCUUUUUUUUUUUUUUUUUUUUUUUAUAAAGAAAAGGAGGAACAAGUCAAUAUUAAUUUUUGUUCCUUUAAAGUUCAGAUGGUUGAAAUGAUAUGAAACCGAUAAUGUUUUAAAAAAAAAUUUUAAUCUUUCUGACAAGAAAAGGGAAUGUUUAUGUACAAAAUAUAUUGUUGCUUGAGAUAGUGUCAAUCAAAGACUUCUGGGCGAUUACAGUUACUGUGAAACAGUGUGUGUCAAGCCAUCAUUAAGACCUGAAAUUAUGAGUUGUUUCCCCUUUUUGUUAUAUUUGAAACGUACAACAGACCUCUAACGUAGCAAUGCCAAUUUGUGGCUCCAUUUGAAGACACUAAUUGUCUAUUUGUUAAUCAAGCCACAUUUAAUGCAAGUUAAUUUAUGCAGAUUGCAAAAUGCACAUUUCAAAUGUUACAGAUGAGAUUAUUUCUGUUUUCUGAAAAUUUAUAUGUACUGUCAUGCAGUUCAGCAUUUUUUUUACACGUGCAUCAAAUGCAAAUUGAGUUUGCUUUUAAAAACAUAGCACAUGAAAAUUUACAUUCCUCAAAAUGUGAUGCCAUUUAUUAGCUUAUCUAUUGUGACUACUACAUACAAUACCUCUGAUGUGAAGUGUUGUGUAUUACAUUGGGCUGACACUCCACAGGUGUUCUGAAGCAACGCAGACAUGUACUAACGGUGGUUUUUAUUAUUUAGAUUGUGUGCCAUUAGUAUCUUCUCAGUCAGAGACAUAGGAAGUCAUUAUGUUGAACAACAAAAGCUGCCCUUUAGGUCUCCGGUUGCAUGUAUGUGUCCAAACUGAUUCUACUCCAUAAACCAUUUCACAGAUACUGUGGUGAUUGUUGUUUGAUCUUAACUACAGUAUAUCCCUCUGACAAAAGACUAUGUGCAGUAAACAAGAAGCUUUUAAAAGAAGAUUCCAGGUUACAUACAACUUAAAGGGAUAGUUCACCCAAAAAUGAAUAUACUGUCAUCAUUUUAAACCUCAUGUUGUUCCAAACCUGUAUGACUGACUGACUUACAUGGAACACAAAAUGUUAUGCAGAAUGACAGCCUCAGUCACCAUUCACUUUUAUUGCGUCUUUUUGCCAUACAAUAAAUGUGAAUGGUGUCUGAGGCUAACACUGUGCCUAACAUCUCCUCCUGUGUUCCACAGAAAGAAGCAGGUUCAGAAAUAAAGGGGGCCUCAGGGCAAAAAUGCCCCUGAAAUUCAUAAUGUGUGGGAAAAAAAUGCCCCUGUAAUUGUUUUUUUUUUUUUUUUUUUUCUGAAAUUGUUCUUAAUAUUCUAUUCCAAGCUUAGUUAGUCACAUUAUAAUGUAAAAUAUUAUUUUUAUGUUGAUUUAUGAGUAGGAGGUAAUAGAUAUAUUCUCAGUCUAAUUACUUAGAUUGACAAUUUAUUUAAAUGAAUUGAUUACGCUGAAGUAUCUGAAUAAAAGAAACCGUGUAAUUUUUAUGUUUGGGGGAAAAAAGCCCUCUAAACAAACAAGAAAUUCCCCUGAAAAAUCAAAUGCAGGGGGAAUUUUAUCCCCUUUAUGAAAAAGUUAAUAUCUGACACUGGAAGUAUUUGAGUAGUAUUAGAAUUUGAUGUGUCUAUUAACUACGAUUAACUUCAAUACAUAUCAAUUCAAUGAAAUGUUAAAAAGUAUGCAUUUCUUUCUAAAUGGAGAGUAUUUAUUUCAUAUUGACAACAGCCUCAUGUCUUGUACUGGAGUGGAAAGUUUGCCAUGAUUUGAACAUUACAAUGUGAGUGUGGCUCAAUGGAAGUGUAUUUUAAUGGUAAGGACAGUAUGAUCAUAGAAUGAAGAGAUGGGGAAAAUAGAGUAAUUCUAGUUGGUGGUGCAUUUAGUUUGGUUCUAUUCUCUCAGAUAAAUCUUGCAUUGUAAGUGAAAGCCAGUUUGGACUUUUUUUUUUUUUUUUUUGCCCUUUGCCAUACAUCAUCUUGCAUUUUACUGUAAGUCAUGGGCAGUUUUAACAUCUUAAUCUGAAUAUUGUAUGUGAAAAUGGAUGAAGUUUUUAUUUUUUUAUUAUAAUUUUCCUGCUACUUAAGUAUUUAUGGUGGUGGCAUUUUAUAUCUAAUUAGAUUUUUUUUUUUUAAAAUGAUUAUUAUUGAAUUGUGGCCAUUAACCUUGAAUUGUCAUUUGCACUUUCAUAGACUAUACUUGAUACAUUCCCGGUUUGUAUGAUGAUGUGUAGCCAAUAAACAGAAAAUAUUGGAAAGUUUCGCUCAGAUUGAAGUGUAA